CGAGCGGCGGGAUGGCUCCGCGGCGGCGUCGGCGUUCCUUGGGGCGAGCUGGUACAGAAAACCCAAAGAACACUGCAGGAAGAACACAUUUCCUGAAAGAUAAAGCCACUCAAGAGCACAGGCCUAUUGACAUCUUUGACUUCCCUGAGAAUUCUGUGAUCUCCAGAAAUGACAAAGAUGAAGAAGCCUAUGAAAACUUCGACCCUCCCUUGCACAGCACUGCCAUCUACACUGAUGAUGAGUUUGGACACUGUGCAUCUUCGGUGCCUUUGACUCCUCAAAGUUCGAGCACUACUGAAAAUGAAGCAAGUGGAAGCAAAUCUGUAAGAGUUAGUGUAAGAAAGUCCACAAGAAAACUGGCGCCCAUUAGUGAUGACUCUGAGAGCACAGAAGACGUAAGGAGAAAAGUGAAGUCAGUAGAAAAAAUAAGGCCCGAUUACCAUGAUACUACUCCACCUGUGCAGUCUUCAGAACCUUCAGAGAAUUCAGCUGAAGCAGUCAUUCCUAAGAGAACUGAGCCCCUCAGCACCCAGGCCAAGGCAGUCACUCCUGAGAGUACCAAACCCCUCAGCACCCAGGCCUCAAUCAACAAAAAGACUCCGGCAAAGACACAAAGGCAACUGAAAACUCCGAGAAAAAGGACCGUGGUUCCAGGCAAAAGAAAGAAACCAAGAAACGAAGCCACAGACUCUGAUGUUUCUGAGAGUAUGCAUAUUUGGUGUCUAGAAGGAAGGAAAUCCAGUGACAUCAUGGAGUUGGAUAUUGUUUUGUCUGAAUUUGAGAAAAUCUUCCUGCAAUAUCAACAAAGAAUUGAAUCUACAGUUUAUAAAGAAGCUGUCACCAAAUUUUACCUUAAUAUUAAAGAAGAACUGAUCAGAAUGCUCAAAGAAGUCCAGAUGUUGAAAACCCUGAAAAGGAAGAAUGCUAAGGUGAUCACCGACAUUGAAAGGAAAAGACAACGUUUGAUUGAAGUCCAGGAUGAAUUGCUUCGGUUACAGCCACAGCUGAAACAACUACAAACAAAACAUGAUGAACUUAAGGAGAGAAAGUCAUCUCUUGGCAAAGUGAUGUGCUUUAUAUCUAAUUUAAAACAGCUUUAUCAAGACUAUUCAGAUGUCCAGGAGAAAGAACCAAACAUACAAGAAACAUAUGAUUCGUCCAGCCUUCCAGCUCUGUUAUUUAAAGCGAAAACCAUUUUGGCAGCAGAAAACCAUCUGAAAAAUAUCAACCAGCAGUUAGAGACGCUCCUGGACCAGAAUGGGACAGCCAGUGACUGAAACAUGCCUAUGGAGCAAGGGCUCAUGGUACUGCCUGCUACCUUCUGAAACUCAACUGCUUUAUAAAUAAUGUAUAGUCUAAUCACAAGAAUUCAUGCUUUAUUCUCAUGCAAGCUAAGUAACAAUAGUUGAAAUAUCUAAACAUUGUAGAAGCUGUAGUCAUCUUUUCUGAUUAGUGUCUUAAGUAAUAAACUUUAAUAUUGUUAAUACCUAAUCUUUAUUUUUUUUCUUAUUUGGUACCGUUGUGGGACUUGAACUCAGGGCUUGGGCAUUGUUCCUGAGUUUCUUUCACUCAAG